UACAUCUAAUCAAAUGAACAUUUUCCCUCCUAAUAUUUUUUGCUUUUAUCGAAAAUACAAAAAAUAAUUUGUAAUUAAAGUAUUAACAUGUAUAUUUUAAGUAAAUGUAUAUGUUAAUUGUGUAUUUGUGUAUAUUGGUACCAUUCCAUUAGGUUGUUAAAGUGUCAAAGUGUGUUUAUUCUAUAAUGAACAAAAUUUUGAAUUCCAAGUGUUCUCAUUAAGUACAUUAAGUAAACUAAAAGAUAAACAAUGUCGGUGCUGUACAGAUUGAACAUAUGCGGCGUGCGAAGCUUCGGACCGGGGAACGAAGAACAAGUCACAUUUUCGACGCCCGUUACUCUGUUCCUCGGACAAAACGGCUGUGGCAAAACGACAAUUCUAGAGGCCAUUAAAUAUGCCUGCACUGGUGAGUUGCCGGCCGGUACCUCCAAUGGCAGAGGAUUUCUAAAUGAUCCGAAGAUGACCAAUCACCAAUGCACCAAAGGAUGUGCCAAACUCCAAUUUUUUGAUCAUGAUGGAAAUUCAAUAACGGUUGGGCGGUUGUCGAAUGUUGUCCUGAAAGCAGGAGUCCUCUCGUUCAAAACUUUGGCGGUUCAGCUCAAAUUGCAGAAAAAGGGGGAAUCAGUUGUACAUGAUUUGGCUGGUCGGGGCGUGGAUGUCACUGAUUAUGUUUGUCAGGCACUGAAUGUCUCGCAGGCGAUUUUGAACAACGUACUGUUUUGUCACCAGGAAAAUUCUUCAUGGCCUCUGGACGAGGGGCAAAAGUUGAAACAGCGGUUUGAUGAAAUCUUCGACGCAGUUAAGUACAACAAAUGUGUUGAAACGUUGAGGAAGCAAAUUAAAGCCAGAGGGGAAGAUAUUAAAUUAAAGAAGGUAGAGUUGAAGUCAAAGGAAGAGAAUAAAGAUAGAGUUCAUUCAUUAGAAAGUAAGGUAAAGGAUCGCGAACGUCAGCUUGCUGAUAUAGAAAAUGAAGUGGAGCAGAAAAAAGAGGAUUUGGUGCCGAUUGAAAAUAGGAUUAGGGAAAUUUGGGAACUGGAAGAAACCUUAAGCGCUCUCCAAAGACAGUUAGCGACUAAAGAAGAACAAAGAAAAGGAUUAAGUGAUUUCCAGGCUACUUUAAAGGAAAGCAUUUCUUUUGUAUUCGAGGGUACUGAUGAAGAACUUCAGGCGAAGAAAGAAUCGUUUGCUAAAGAAAAAGAAAACGACGAAAGGCUCAUUGACGAAAUUUUGAAAAGGAAAGUUAUAAUUGAGGAAAAAGUUAUUGAACUGAGAAGAGUUAUACAAAAAUUACAAGUCAACAUAGGUCAAAUUAAAGAAGAGGAGCGUCAAAACACUUUGAGAAUAGAGGAGAGAGACAAUCUUAUAGAUAAAGCUAUCAACCAGUUCCAAAUUGAAAAUCCCGAAAAGGAUAAUAGAGACGUUAUCAUAAAUAAGUUUAAAUCGGCUCUAGCAACAAAUCAAGAAUUAUUGGAUGACCUUGUGAUGGACAAAGAAAUGGAAGAAGUAGAGUUGCAAAGAAAAAUUGAUGACCUAUUGGCUAGUCAUUCCCGAACGAAACAAGAAAUCUCCUCUAAAAACACGUUAAUUCGUCAAUGUCAAGAUAAAAUUAAAGAAUGCGAAAAUAAACUAAAGGAUUUAACUGUAAAGCGCACGAUGCUGACUAAAGUUUCCGAAGAUGUUGAAAAAGUGCAAAACUCCUUGUUGGCGAUGAAUGACACUGCUUACGAAGCAAAAGUUAAUAAAGAGAUCAACGAUGCGAGUGACGAAAUUGUGAUUUUGGAACGUAAACGUGAGAUGCUUGAAAGUGAAUAUAGGAUUUUACAGCAGAAUCACGUAACUGAAGAAAUGAUUGAAAAAGAAACAGAAUCAAUAGCACAGAAAAAGUUACAGCUGAAUAUACUUAAAGGUAAACAUCAAGAAGCUUUAUUUAACCUUUGUCAGGAAGAUGUUCCUGAUGCUGAUUUGCACAAUGAAAUCAGUCAGAUUCUAAAACGAGACGAUUCUAUAGUUAAAAAUUUGAACGAUAAAAUUACCAAACUGCAGAAACGUAUUACAACGUUGGAAAUAGAAAUUAAAAACAAACGAUCUGACAUCCAAAAGAACGAAUUGAACUUGGCCGACAAAGAGAAGCAGUUGCAUGAACUGUGUAAUGGAGUAGAACUGGAUGAUAUGUUGAACAAAACGGAGACUGAAAAAGAAAACUGGCAGAAAGAAAAGGGCAAAUAUAGAUACGUUAAACUUGUAUAUGAGUCCUAUAUACAAAAAUUUGAAAGCGAAUCUCCCAGCUGCCCGAUAUGUAGCACUGAUUUUACGAAAAAGGAGGGCAUGAUCAAGAAAAUUAUCACGUAUCUAAAGGGAAAAAUUCAGGACGUCCCAACGAAAUUGGAACACGCACAAAACAAACUAAAAACAUCUGAAAAUUUAUAUAACAAACUGCAACAGUUGAAGCCUACAAGUAACGAAAUUAUGCGAUUGAAAACACGAGUUUUGCCAGAAUUACGUAAGGAAUUGGAUCAAUUUACUGAAGAGCUGGAGAAAUUAACUUCGGACUUAAAAGAAACCAAAGCUCAAAUUGAGGAACCACAAAAAAAUGUUGAGCUGUGCAGGAAUAUUAUGUCGGAUGUAAUUAAAAUUGAACAAUACGACGCCGAUAUUACCAAAUCAGAGAAAAGUAUUGAAGAUUUAAAAGAAAAAAUUGUUUCCGUUGAUUCCGAACGUACAAGACAAGAAACUGAAGCGGAGAUGGAUGAUGUUAAUGCAAAAUUAAGUAAUCUUAGACAUGUAUGCGAAACGAGUAAGAGGGCUCUGGACAAACACAGAAAAAGAUACAACGACUUGAGACAGGAAAAAGAUAGGUUGGUAGAAAAGAAAAUGUCCUUGCAAGCCUCAACACAAGAAAUACCUCUUACUGAAAAACAAUUAGACCAAUAUAAAGAAACUUUAAACGCUACCAGUGAGGAAAUACAAACACUGAAUGAAACUGAAAAGACCUUGAAUGCAGAUUUGAUAGAUAUACGUGAGAAAAAAGCAAUAUUGUCGAAGAAUAACAAGCAAUUAAUAUCUGAGGAAUCAAACAAAGUACAAGUUCAGAAAAGACUUAUUGAAGAUAUAGAAAAAUUGCAAAAAUCAAUACAAGAAUACAUGGAAAAGAAUAACAAUGCGAAACUUCAAACUGCAGAAGGAGAACUAGAUCAAAUCAGUUCAAAAGAAAACGAUCUUAUUCAAACUAAAACUAAACUUCUUGAUGCUGUGUCAAAAAAGAAAGAAAACUUGGCCAAACGAGAGAGUAAUUAUCGAGCACUGGAGGACAAUGUAUUACUUCGAAAGAAACAUGCUGAGGAAGAAACAGUUAAGACGGAGAUUGAAGAAUUGCGCGGCAACAUCGGUGGACACAAUUACAAAUCUGUUGACGAAGAGAAACAACGCCUGUUAAAAAAGAGAGACUUGAUCAACCGUGAGAUUAACAACGUACACGGCCGUAAAGAAGAAUUGUCGCGAACAUUAAAGGAGUUUAAGGCAGAACUUAAUAAACCGGCUAACAAAAACGCUUACAAGGAUUACAAGAAAAAAUAUUACGAGCUGACAAUUGCCGAGAUGCUUCAAGAGGAUAUGACAAAGUACACUGUGGCUUUGGAGAAGUCUAUUUUACAAUUCCACAAAGACAGAAUGAAACACAUCAACAAGAUCAUUCGUGAAUUAUGGCGUGCGAUCUACAGAGGUAAUGAUAUCGACUACAUCGAGAUCCAAACUGAAGACGCAGUUGGAACGAACGUCAAAAGAAGAUCUUAUUCAUAUAAGGUCGUGCAGGUGAAAAAAGGUGUUGAAAUCGAAAUGAGAGGCCGUUGUAGUGCUGGUCAAAGAGUUUUGGCUUGUCUGGUUAUUCGUAUGGCGUUAGCCGAGACGUUCAGUUCACACUGCGGAAUAUUGGCGUUGGAUGAGCCCACCACCAAUUUGGAUCGACAGAAUAUUCUUAGUCUUAGCGACGCUCUGGUCAAUCUAAUAGAAAACCGGAAGAACGAAAAGAACUUCCAGUUACUGAUCAUCACGCACGACGAGGACUUCUUGAACACUCUCACUCGUGUUCAAACCACUCCACAUUAUUGGAAGGUUAGCAGGAAUGAAGAUGGAUUUUCUAUUAUUAGGAAAGUUACAACGUAAUUUUUGUUUCUUUGGCGUUACUCCAACAUAUUACAUUACGAUAAAUUUACCAAGUACUGAAGAAGGUUACUAGUAUACUCUAAUAUUGUUGUUUUUAUAAACCUUCUACAAAUGUAACGCGAAAUAGAAAUUGAUUGGGUAACUUCUACAAUUAAUUAUUUGUUCCCAAAAUUCUUGUAUAUUCGUUUGUUAUUCAAGAUAUUUAGCAGUUCGCUUUUGUGAUCUUUUUAAUAGAAUUAUAAUUAUUUCCACUGAAGAAAUCUCCUAAAGAAAGUGGACGAUGGGAGAGUAACUGAUCCGUUUCAAUUGAAAUUAAUACACGUCGUAUUGUGUAGAAGUUUUCUUCAUUGGGAGAUAAAUAUAGUUCAAUUAAAAAGUGAACGAAACCGGAUUUGUUAUGUAUGUUUUUUAAUUUUUAUUUAUAUAAUUAGUAAAUUUAUAUACUUAUUUAAUCACUUUUGUUUAUUUCAAUAAAAAUUUUAUAUUUUUAAA